AUGAUACAGUGGCUUCAUUCUUUCGCCCUGCUGGUCAUCUUGAGAGUUGUUUUCGUUGUUGCAGAACCAUCUCUAUCGUCUCCGGAGCCUGGAACUUAUCUUCGGCAUCAGCGACGAGCCCUGGAGAAAAAGCCACGGUAUAUCCAGUCCAAUGUCACUGUCUCCUCCAACGUUACCGGCACUGCCAAUGUGUCGUAUUCUGCUCUUGCAGACGCACAGAAGCUGGUUGAUGCGAUGUUAGCCCAACAGAGCAUCUACAACACCUAUAGAGUUGAAUUUCCGAGACGCAACAACUAUUACGCAGACAAUCUCCCAAAGCCUGGUUCUGUGCAUAAGAAGACGCGCCGUCGCGAUGAGGAGCCUGUGCCUCCAGUGCUCAACAGCACCAUCCGCGCUGCAGCCGCCAUGUUAGCUGAACACCAUGCACAACAACUAGCUGCUAAUGCCUCCCUGCACAAAAUAUACCAACAACCUACCAAGAUACAGAGGUUCGAUGAGACAGCUGAGAAGCGCAAGAGAGCAUCAUCGGACUACUGGUUAGGCUCCAUAGCUCAUACCGGUCUGGCGCCCAUGGGCCAGAACAACUCCUGGGUUGUGUUCCGAGAUGUCACCAAGUUUGGGGCUAAGGGCGACGUGGGUGAUGCUAAUGAUCUGCCAAUCAUCCGAACGUCGCCAUCCUUCAUUGGUCUCGGAGCCAUCGAGACUGACGUCUAUGAGCCAGGCAAGAAUGGUGACGAGUGGUAUAUCAAUCAAUCAAACUUUUACCGUCAACUGGUUUGCAUUGGCAAGUGGCGCAAGGCACAUCGCUUACGAAUGUGGUUCAUGGGCGAAUGCUUCUUCUAUGGCGGCAAGUACGGCAUCUAUGGAGGCAAUCAGCAAUACACAGUCCGCAGUUUCGAAUUUAUGUUGCAGACUACAGCUAGUAUUUGCCUUAUCUGGGACUGGGGGUGGACAUGGAGCCAGCUACACGUGGUAGCGUCCCCUAUCGGCAUCAUGUUAAUCAAUCCUGAUAACCCAACUGGGCAGCAGGCAGGAUCAACAUAUAUCCUGGAUUCUGGAUUUUAUGAUGUGGGCACUGUUAUCUUUGCCAAUACAGAGCCGGCCAAGAUCCUCGAAUCGAGCAUCAUCACACUUGAUAACAUUGGAGUUGAAGACGUUACUUCCAUGGUGACCUUCUCUGAUGGAACCUUGUUGAACCUUCCCGUUGGCAAUGUCGAUUUUGUCAUAGUGGGUAAUGUAGAAGCUGCUGGCCCGAGCUACGGGAUGUAUCAGGUUGCCUUGAACAACCCCUCGCCUCUUCUCACCACCUCGGCUGUUUCUUACUUCCGCGACAGCUACUUCUACAAGUCUCGUCCCCAAUACGAAGAUCUUCCUCUUUCAUAUAUCAUCAAUGUCAAAACCCUCGGGGCUAAGGGAGAUGGUGUUACUGAUGAUACGGCUAUCAUUAACAAGGCUCUCGCCCUAACGGAUGAAACGAAUCUCGUAUAUUUUCCUGCCGGGUCGUACAUUGUGACCUCAACCAUCACAGUAGCACCGAGUACCCGUAUAACAGGCGAGGUCUGGUCGCAACUUGUCGCAUCUGGCAGCGCGGGGAAUUUUCAGGAUGGCCAGAAUCCGCAGGCCAUGAUCAAAGUCGGAGAGCCAGGCGAUGUAGGUGUCGUAGAAAUUUCCGACAUGCUCUUCACCUCGAUUGGUGCGCUCCCUGGCCUGGUUUUGAUGGACUGGAACAUUGCGGCCGAUGAACAAGGAUCGGCUGGCUUGUGGGAUGCCCACUUUCGCGUCGGUGGUGCCACCGGGACAAAGCUCCAAGUGGCGGAAUGUCCCAAGGGCGCUGCUAUUCAAAAAGGCUGCAUUGCAGCAGCCAUGAUGCUGCAUAUCACACCUGGGGCUAACGGCUAUUUCGAGAAUAUGUGGGCUUGGGUAGCAGACCAUGAUCUUGACGAUGCAUCAAACACCAUGGUUACAGUUGCAUGUGCCCGUGGCAUCUUGAUCGAGUCGCAGGGACCAACCUGGAUGUUGGGUACUGCCUCGGAGCAUUCUAUGCUAUAUCAGUAUAAUUUCUAUCAAACGUCCAACGUUUGGGCUGGCAUGAUUCAGACUGAGUCGCCGUACUUCCAGUACACCACUAACACAGAGUCACCUGGAGUCUUUAGCGACAGUGUUGGGAUCUUUUCGAACGACCCAAUCUUUCCUGACAGUUCCUGCAAAGCUGAUGACUUGAUGUGCAACUUUUCAUGGGCCGUCAUGAUCUAUGCGACACAAAACCUGACGAUAGCUGGCGCCGGGCUGUACUCUUGGUUUGACAACUAUGACCAGAGUGUCUGUGUCGAUGCCCAGAACUGCCAACAGCGCCUACUUAAUAAUCAAGGCGCCAAUGACCAGCUCUAUUUCUUUAACCUUGUCACAAUCGGCUCGGUGGAGAUGGUGUCCGAUACAGAAACAGGAACAAUCGUUUACGCUGCCAACAACACUCAAGAUGCCCUGAACAAUUACACAACAGUAGAUGAUGGAUACGACAGUGUGUUCAAGUACUAUGUUAAGGCCGUCAAGGACAUGGUUCCUGCUGCCCUUGCGUCCUUCAUGGCACCAUCGAGUUCUGAUAACCCCAGCGGUGGCACCGGGAACAAGUACUUCAAAUGUGACUUUGUUGAGACAUACGGCGGAGGAAAUGAUAAGAUUACGUACGACCCUUGUCCGAUUCCCUGGCACCAAAUCGACUACGUCGACAAGUACACAAUGACGUACACUCUAGAGGACUCAGAGGGCUUCUUUAAUGACCUCCUGAGCACGUAUGGAAUAGAGCAAAGUUGGGUAUCUUUCGGCACCUAUGCCAAUGUCAAUAACGACGCGUGCGGUGGCAAUGUUGGUGGAGGGGGUCCCGGAUCCAACCUCGACCGUCGAUGCGACGGCAUCGACAUAUACUUUUACAACUACCCUAAAGUGUCCGGCAACGUCACCGUCAGCAACCCGAAAGAUAUAGUCACCGCGGCGCUGCCCUCGGUGGCGACCCUCCAGAAUACCAUCAUGGCUAGACAGCUGGACCUACUGUUCGGCCAAUGGACCGGGCCAACUGAUGAUCUGAUCCAGGUCAUUUCUAUGCCCGUCUUACUCAUGGUGCAGGCGGUGCAGUCGAUGCAGUCUGCCAAAGAGGAGGCGGAGAAGGAAAAGAAGGAGGAGCAGAAGGAACUGAUCCUUGAGAUUUUGGGCAUCGUCUUUGCCUUUAUUCCAUUCCUUGACGAUAUUGCUCCUGCGAUUGAAGGAUUGGACAUCGCUAUGGAAAUCUUUGAUGUCGCCGGCAACGCCGCAUUAGCCAUCCAAGGCAUCGUGGCCCAUCCCGAGGAGGCGCCUAUGGAGAUCCUCGGCGCCCUCGGGGCCGGCGUGGACAAGAACGAGGAGGACAUCGCAGCACUAGCCAAGGCGCGUCGCGGUAUCAGCUCGGACGAUAUUGGCAAAAUUGGUGCCAAAUUCCAAAACCUAGACAAGCAGAUGCAAGACAUGAUCAAGGCCAAGGCAUGUCGCAUCUGA